AUGGAGGAGAACAGCAUCUACCCAGUGCCCCUCGACGAGAAACAGGAUACCUCGUCCUCCGUCGAGAAGGGCAGCGCCCAAGAGUAUGUCGUCCAGGAUGACCCCCGCCUCCAUUUCUCGGAGGUCGACCUCGACAAGGUCCAGCGUCGCCUCAAGCAGCGCCAUGUACAGAUGAUUGCUAUUGCCGGUACGCUAGGUACUGGUCUCUUCCUUGGGUCCGGCCACGCCCUCCAAGGUGCAGGCCCUCUCGGUGCCCUCAUUGCCUACGGCCUUGUUGGAACCGUCGGCUAUGCUACUCUUUGCAGUUUGGGAGAAAUGACGGCGUUCGCGCCCAUUUCCGGUACCUUCCCCCAUUAUGCUACGCGUUGGGCAGACCCCGCACUAGGUUUUGCACUAGGGUGGAAUUAUUUCUACACCAGUGCCAUCUCAACACCUGUUGAAAUCACGGCAGCGGGCAUCUUGAUCACAUUCUGGGACCCUGAUCUUGGACAUCAAGCGGCAUACACCGCCGCCAUCACCGUCUGUGUCUGUGCAAUCAACAUCUUUGGUGUCCGGUGGUUUGGUGAAGCUGAAUUCUUCUUCUCCAUCAUCAAAAUCUGUCUGAUCACCCUGCUCAUUAUUGCGGGCCUGGUCAUUGAUCUCGGUGGUGGCCCGAAUCAUGAACGCAUUGGUUUCCGCUACUGGAAGAACCCCGGCGCAGUUGCUGGCGCGGGUCUGGAGCCCAAGCACCCUGGUUUGGACAGAUUCCUGGGCAUCCUGUCCGUCAUCGUCCAAGCCGCAUUCUCGUACCAGGGUAUGGAGCUUGUCGCUAUCGCUGCGUCCGAGACAGAAAGCCCACGACGAAAUAUCGCCAAGGCCGUCCGUCGUGUCUUCUGGCGUAUCCUGGUUUUCUACAUGCUCGGCAUUCUCAUUACGGGCAUGCUUGUGCCGUACAACGACCCCAACCUGCUCUCGGAAUCCGGAACCGCCGCUGAGUCACCGUACGUGAUUGCCAUGGAGCGCGCGGGCAUCAGUGUGCUCCCGCACAUUAUCAACGCGUGUGUGUUCACGAGCGCGUUUUCUGCGGGCAACUCGUUCCUGUUCUCGGCCUCGCGUAUCCUGUACGGUCUCGCGCUGCGCGGGCAGGCGCCACGCUUCUUGACGUACUGCACGAAGAAGGGGCUGCCGAUCGCUGCAGUGCUCGUCAGCGCGUGCUUCGCGUGGCUGUCGUUCAUGAACGUCUCGAGCGGUGCGGAGACGGUGUUCACGUGGCUCGUGAACUUGUCGACAACGGGCGGGUUUUUCUCGUGGGGCGCUAUGAAUGUGACGUAUUUGCGUUUCUAUGCGGGCUUGAAGGCUCAGGGCUUUGACCGCCGGACGUUCUCGUACUGGAAUCGCCUGCAGCCCUUCCUUGCGUGGUGGGCGAUUUUCUGGCUGACGAUCUUUAUCCUCAUCAAUGGCUUCGCUGUGUUCUGGGCCUUCAACGCGUCGGACUUCCUCACGGACUAUAUCAACGUCCCAAUUUUCCUUGGGUUGUACGUAUUCUGGAAGCUCUUCAAGCGCACCAAGGCGUGGCGCGUAGACGAGAUGGACUUCGUCACGGCCAUCCCAUCUAUCGAGGAGACAGAAAUACCCGAGGUCCCGGCAACGACGAUCUGGGGCAAGAUUGCGGCAGUCAUCUUCUGA